AUGACUAUUUUGGACCAUAAUUCUCCACGUAAUCCUGCAUAUCUGAUCGAAGCCCAGCAUGGUGUCGUGGCUACAGAGAACAAACGAUGCUCAGAAAUGGGUGUUGAUAUGCUUCGUAAAGGUGGUUCAGCAGUAGAUGCUGCUAUCGCUGCAACUCUGUGUAUCGGAGUUGUCAACUCCUUCUCAGCAGGUAUUGGUGGAGGAGGUUACAUGACCGUGCGUAUACCCCCUAAAAAUCCAGGCGAAAGAUCUAAAGCCUACACGAUUGACUUCCGGGGGAUGGCUCCGAGCGCUACUACCCCGACAAUGUUCGACAACGGAAAGAUAGCAUUAUCUGCGUCUGGAGGUUUGGCAAUGUUGAUCCCCGGCGAGCUCGCAGGGCUUCAAAUGGCUCAUGACGAAUGGGGAGCCAUGACUUGGAAAGAAGUUGUCGUGCCCAAUGCUGAACUUGCUAUGGGAUGGACAGUCGACAAGGAGCUUGCAAGGCGUAUCCAGUGGUUCCCAGACCUGUUCACCAACGACCCGGAUUUCAGAGAAAUAUUUGCACCAAAUGGAACCCUCCUAAAAGAGGGCGACAUAAUCGAGCGAAAUAAUUAUGCUCGCACGCUUCUGGAGGUUGCGGAAGGAGGCGCUGAGGUUUUUUAUAACGGCAGCUAUAUCACGAAAGCUCUUGUCUCCAAGGUGAAUGCUACCGGUGGACAUGCGACCAUUCAAGAUUUUCUGGACUACCGGCCCCUUUUAUAUCGUUCACUAGAAGGGUCCUAUCGUGGCAAGAAGUUGUAUACCCCUCGCGCUCCUUCUGCUGGACCUGUCCUCCUACACAUGUUGAACCUGAUGGAAGGCUACAACUUCACUCGUAGGAACGGUCUGGACACCCAUCGAAUGGUUGAAGCCAUGAAGUUCGGGAAUGCGGAAAAAUCUAGAAUGAGCGACCCCAGAUACCGUUAUGACACCACCCUCAUUGAUGAGAUCCAUACCAAGCAGUUUGCGGACGAGAUUCGGGACCGUCUCGACGAUCAUCGAACCCAACCUGCAGAGUACUACCGUCCUCUUUACACAUUGAAACCUGACCAUGGUACCAGCCAUGUAUCCGUUGUUGACGAAGAGGGUAUGAUGGUCUCCGUGACUUCGUCGGUCAACUGGUUCUGGGGCGCACAAGUUCUUGACCCUGUUAGUGGGAUAGUGCUCAAUAACCACAUGAAUGAUUUUAGUACCUUCAAUGAAACUAACAUCUUCGGAGAAUGGAACUUACCACAACCCGGAAAACGUCCCCUAUCCUCAAUGUGUCCCACCAUUGUCGAGAAGGAAGAUGGCUCUCCUUACAUUGCAAUUGGCGCAUCUGGAGGACCUACCAUUUUCCCUGCUGUAUUCCAAACUCUCAUCAACAUUAUUGACUACGGUUUGGAUCCUAGUGAGGCUAUUGAAUUCGGGCGACUUCAUAACCAGUUGAAGCCCGAAGGAACAUUCGCGGAUGAGACGUACCGUGCGGAUAUUUUGGAGGCGUUGUCGAGACAAAGACAUAGAAUUCAAGUAUUGGACGUUUACCGCAAUGGAUCGUCGUGCGUGCAGGCUGUAAUGCGCGACUCUGAGAGCGGUCUCCUCCUUGGCGCCAGUGAUUCUCGAAAGAAUGGUAUUGCUGCUGGAUAUUGA